UGGGAUACGCUGUGCAGUGGGGGUGCUGUGGAGGAGGAAAAGAAGGGGAUGCGCCGCCGAAGUACGCACGGUGUUCCGGGGACUUUAAGCUUUCUAACCAAAAAAAAAAAAAAAAGCACCAAAGACAACUCCUAAGCCUAAAAACUAGAAUAUGUGACAAACAUCAACAGAGUGUGUGACACGCAGCCAAAACCAACACCUCACGCUCAGUAUUAAAGACUCACCCUAACCCUCGCUGGACUACCGAAGCCACUUUCAUCUCCUGACCGAUUCUCCUGAUCUCCCAUCAUGCCACUGAUCGUGUUCCAUUCCUCCCAACUGCUAUGGGUGCGUUUAGCUGCCCUGCUGUUCACCUGUGUGGCGUUCAGUGUUGCAGCGCACGGAGCCUAUCUGCCCCAUGGAGGAAUGGCUGACUGGUGCAUCUUCUGCUGGGCGUUCAGCUUCGCCUGCACCCUGCUGGUCCUGCUGGUGGAGCAGUUUGGCCUCCAGGCCCGAGCCCCAGUGUCCUGGUCCAAUUUCCCCAUCACUAUCGCCUGCUACGCCGCCCUCCUCUGCCUCUCUGCCUCGAUCAUCUUUCCAGUGUUUUUCCUGAAGAACCAGAGCGUCCACGGCGAGGUCCGUACCUAUCGCAUCGUCUCCACCGUCUUCUCAUGCCUGGCAGCGAUAGCCUACAUGGGGGAGGUGAGCCUGACUAAAGCGAGGCCAGGGGAGGUGGCAGGUUACAUGGCUACGGCUCCAGGCCUGCUGAAGGUGUGCCAGACCUUUGUGGCCUGCAUUAUCUUCAUCCUGGUCAGUGAGCCUGUGUCGUAUGACCACCAUCCAGCACUCAAGUGGUGCAUGGCCGUGUAUUGCAUCUGCUUCAUCCUGUCCAUGGCCGUGGUGGUGCUGUGUGUGGGCGAGUGCACCGGCUGUCUCCCCAUCCCUUUCUCCAAGUUCCUGUCAGCUUACGGGCUCCUGGCGGUUAUCAUGUACUUGAGCGCUACCAUCCUCUGGCCCGUGUUCCAGUUUGACAAACAGUACGGAGGUAGAAGGGACGAUUCAAAACUGAUCACUGUGGCGGUGUUCACUGCCAUCAACUUCCUGCUUUACCUCGCUGACCUGGCCUAUACUGCCAGAUUAGUGUUUGUCACUGUCUGAGAAGAAAAGAGACAAAGGAGGGAGACACGUUGAGUGACGAAGAACAGAAAUAAAAUGGAUAAGUGCCUUUGCAGAAAAGUGUAGCUGAUGUUGAAUUUUGGACAAUAAAAUACACGACUCUCCCCUUUUGGUGUCUAAUUGUAAAUGUCCUAUAAAUGGCCGUAUAUCUGCAGUGACAGUGUUUAACCUCUAAUCUGAAUUGACCUAUACUAAAUGUACAACACAAGUAUAACAUCAAUGAUCUAAAUGUGAGAUUUUACACAAUGGUGUGACAAAAACAAAGUCAGAUUGUAAUUCUGUCAAAAUAAAAUGAAGUCAACACACUGGAA